AUGAAGUUCUCCCUCAGUGUGAUCUCUUUGCUCCUCAGCGGCUUCGUUGCUGUGGAGGGCUUAUCGCUCUUCGGCGACAGUCAGAAGAUCCUUGGUGGUGGAGAAGUCCCUGGCAAUAACCCUCUCACCUUCUGCCAAGAGCAACACGACGAUGAUAUCCUCACCCUGGAGAAGGUUGACCUGUCUCCCAACCCACCUAAAGCAGGCGCUCCACUGCUCAUCAAGGCUACCGGAACCCUGAAGCGGGAUAUUACCGUCGAGGACAACGCUGUUGUCGAUAUUGUAGUGAAAUAUGGCUUCAUCAAGCUACUCAGCACUCAGGCCGAUCUCUGCGAGCAAAUCAAGAAUGUAGAUAUGGAGUGCCCGAUCAAGAAGGGACCGAUUACAAUCACGAAGGAGGUUCAGCUGCCAAAGGAGAUCCCACCUGUAAGUUGCCAUGCUACGACCCCGGUGAUAUUGUUUACAUAUUUAAUACUAAUUAUCAUUCAGGGAAAAUACUCCGUCCACGCCAAUGCCAUUACUACCGAUGACGACAAGAAGGAGAAGGACCACAUCACUUGCUUGGAAGCAAACGUUGCAUUCGGGGGUUAA